UAUAUUUUUUAGCUUUUAAUUUCGCGUUAUUUAUUGUUUAUUGUUAUCAGUUGCAUCAUAAUUUAGAAUCAUGAGCGAAAACGCUGAGCCAAUUGUGGAAUCUGAGGACGUGGAUUUGGAGCCAAGCUAUUCGGUCAUAAUAGUGGAUGCGCAGCUGUUGAAAAGCGUAUCACUCGAUGUGGAAGAUGGCCCUAAGCCCGCAAUUCCCGCAAAGCAAUCAUCUGAGCGAAAAAAUAAAAAUGCUUCUACUAUAAGUUUUGGACUAAUGGAGAAUACUUCUAAAGCUUCUGGGUUACUAUCAAUAAAUGCAACAGAUUCGUUGAAGCCCUUGAGUGCAUCAGCCUACUCAUUGCAGCGAAAAACCCGUCGGACUGCGAUCAAUGCAAUAAGCUCUACUCAUUUAGCAACUAUACAAAAUUCAUUAGAUAAGGCCAGACAGAAGGCAAAGGACAGAAAGAAGCAUAAAGGGCGAUCGCACACCAACUUGGCUAAGCCGAUGAAAAGUACAGAAGGCUUACAACCAGUUUCUCCCUCAGUUAUCUCAAUGCAUCGUACGAAACGUAGAACUGCCAUUGCUAAAGUAGGCCACAGCGCAAGAAUGACUUGGAGGGCAACAAUGGCUCCUGGAUUGUCCCAUCGAAGAGUCGGGACAUUUUCUACUUCUGCAAUAAACCUGGCUGCAUCCAAAUCUGCAUCCGAGCAGCCCUCGCCACUCACUCUGAGAAAGGCCAAAAGGCGUACCGCAGACAAUGCUCAGGAGCGAUAUAGUGCAGAUGAAUCCAAUGAAUCGACAAGCUCCAAGACUCCAUCAUCAGAUUCAUCAGAGUUAGAUGACGAAAAUGAACUGACGGAACGGUACAUUUUUCUAAAGACAUUUAAGGACCUGCCACGCUUAAGCGAGAUGUCGGAUACGUUGAGUGCCGAUAUUCGGAGGCUUGAGGCGAAAAGAGUUGAGCUACGCAAACCUGAUGAUAUGAUGGGUCAGUUUGUGGAUAAAUUGGAAUCCACAGAAGCAAUACAGACGCCUACUAUUGAAUCUGUAUAUGAGGAAGGCGAGGCAGAGUCCGAAGAGUCUGUUCAGCUAAUAGAAAGCCGGUCCUCAGAAGAUACAGUCGUAUCCAUGGCAAGCUUCAUAUUGGAGCCGCAAGAAAAUGAAGAGCUCUUCAAGCCACACGUCCAUGUUGUAGAGGUAAAUGAGGAAGCCGAUGUAGUUGAGCGUAUGACCCAGCUUAAGGUGCGAACUGAAGUGGAUUUCGAUGAUCCCAUAGAGGUGAACAAAAUGCGACAACAUCAGCAGAGUAUUGAAGCCUGUCAUCAAUUUUUACAAGGCAUUAUUAAUCAAGUCGUUCAGGACUGUGAAAGCUAUAAGAAGCGUUUGAUUCGCGUCUUGGACAAAUUUAAAAUGCAAAAACGAUUACGUGCAUUAGUAGAUCAGUAUAUACAGCAGCGUCAACGACAUGAGCAACUUACCAAAUUGGUCACCGAAUACUUUCUGCGAAAGAAACGUUUUGCGUGCAUCACCGAACCAAAGAAUCAAGAUAAGAUUAGCGAAUCGCGCUAUAUACUAGCCCUAACUGAACUGGAUAGGUUUUUGAAGCAUAAAAAGGAAAUGACCCUGAAGCACAAUGAGCUGACACAAAAGCUAAAGGAGGAAGUGACGGCUAUGCAUAUAUUAGUUGAACAUACGGUCCAUAAUUUUGAGUCCUGUGUCAAGUCAACGCUCUUCGAGAAGAGAGGAGACGAGUUUACGCUUCUGAAGCGUGUCGUCGACGAACUUCUAAGGCGAAUUUCUCAUUUUGGUAAUGAGGUGGCCAAUAUUAGAUACUGCCUGCUCAUGAAGCAGCAUCAGUUUGCAGCGAUAUUAAAUAAAUUGGAGAAAAUGGAAGAUAUAGGCAAUGGUCUGGAGAUGCGCGAAUAUCUAACAAAACUCAAUGAGGUGCAGGUUUUGUAUAAAAAAAUUGAGGAACGAGAUGCAGAACUAAAGCGAUAUAAUAGUAGAAUCAAUUACGAUAUACAUUCGAUGGCUCAUCUGAGAUGUAAGGAGCAAAUGGUGAUAAAAACUACGUCGAGACUAAAAUCGAGGUUGGAGUCACGCAUGAACCUCAAAACUUCAUUGCGUCGUCGCAUAUAUGAAGGAAAGAUUCAACAUAAUAAAAUCUUGAAGGAGACGAAAAAAAUCAAAAAUGAAGGCUGUCUUAUGCACUAUCCAGCGCUCAUGCGGGACUAUGAUGAGAAUAUGGCGAUACUUAUCCAAAAACGAUCAUCGGUGGAAAGGUUACGUAAUGAUCAUGAUCGUCUAACCGCUCGCAUAAAACAGUUGGAGGUUCAGCAAAUAUCUUCGAUCAAGAUUGAUAAGGAAAAGAGUGCUGAUGCGAAUCUGAAUUUAAAUGAAGAUAAUAAUUAAAAAUAUUAUUGGAUAAAA